ACUCUACACACACAGUUCACAGUUUCUAGAGCUGAACUGAGCAGCUGUUGUUGCUGUUCUUGUCACAAAGUCGGCGACGCGACGUCGUGAAAAGCGCGCGCAAAAACAAAAAAUAAUAAUAAUAAAAAAAAUCAGAAAGCAGGCUAACGUUGACGGAAGCAGAAGCAGCGCCAAAAACAGCAACAACAACAACAACAACAACAACAGCUACAAUUACAAUAACAAUUACAAUAACAAUUCGUGCUAAUACGAACAAAAGCAUUGUGAAUUGCCAGCUCGUUGAUUCAAAUCAUCAAAUACUCGGAAAUCAGCAUUUUGCAACGGCCUGCAAAAUGUUGCUGCAUUUGAAUGGAAAGCGGCAGCUACAACAAUUACAGCAGCAGCAGCAGCAGCAACAGCAACAGCGACAAAAGCAGCAACAACUACAACAAAUUUGCCAUCAUGUUAGCAUUGCAAGGAAGAAGAAGUGGCAGCAGGAGCAGGACCAGCAGCAGCAGCAGCAGCAGCAGCAGCAAUCACAGUCACGACAGCAACAAAAACAGACUCCAUCGUCGGCGCAGAUGCUGCCACUGAUGCUGCUGCUGAUGUUGACGCUGCUGACGCGGCCGUUGAGCGCGUUUUCGAAUCGUCUGUCGGACACAAAACUGCACGAAGUCUAUUUGGACAACAAGGAGAUCAAGCUCAGCUGGAUGGUGGAUUGGUAUAAGCAGGAGGUGUUGUUCCAUUUGCAGAAUGCCUUCAAUGAGCAGCAUCGCUGGUUCUAUUUGGGCUUCUCGAAACGUGGCGGCUUGGCCGAUGCGGAUAUUUGCUUUUUCGAGAAUCAAAACGGUUUUUUCAAUGUUGUCACGGACACCUAUACCAGCCCAGAUGGGCGCUGGGUCCGCAAGGACUAUCAACAGGACUGUGAGCUCUUCAAAAUGGACGAAUAUACGCUGGCUUUUAAGCGCAAGUUCGACACUUGUGAUCCGCUCGACUUGCGUAUGCAUGAGGGUACCAUGUAUGUGGUAUGGGCGCGUGGCGAAACAGAGCUCGCUCUCGAGGAUCAUCAGUUUGCGUUGCCCAAUGUGACAGCACCACACGAGGCCGGCAUCAAAAUGUUGCAGCUACUGCGGGCUGACAAAAUCUUAAUUCCCGAGACCGAUUUGCAUGAAAUCGAAAUAAAGCUGCAGAAGACGCCAGUGCCGGUGCGCGAGACCACUUAUUGGUGUCAUGUGCAGCGCUUGGAUGACUUUGUGAAGCGACGCCGCCACAUCGUGCAGUUCGAGCCGCUGGUUAAGUCGGCGGGGGUCGUGCACCACAUGGAGGUGUUCCAUUGUGAGACGGAUGCGCAUGUCGAAAUACCGCUAUACAAUGGGGACUGCGAACAGUUGCCCGCUGCGGCCAAGGUCUGCUCCAAGGUGAUGGCAUUGUGGGCCAUGGGCGCCAGUACUUUCACUUAUCCGCCAGAAGCUGGGCUGCCGGUGGGCGGAAAAGAUUACAAUCCGUAUGUGCGUCUCGAGGUGCACUUCAAUAAUCCGGAGCUACAGAAAGGCCUGAUUGACAGCUCCGGCUUUCGCAUCAAAAUGUCCAACACAUUGCGCCAGUACGAUGCUGGUGUCAUGGAGUUGGGCCUGGAGUACACGGACAAAAUGGCCAUACCCCCCGGACAGACAGCCUUCCCGCUCAGCGGCUACUGCAUUGCUGAGUGCACGCAUGUGGCCCUGCCCCACACAGGCAUUAUCAUCUUUGGAUCCCAGUUGCACACGCAUUUGAGGGGCGUCCGCAUCCUGACGCGCCAUUUUCGUGGCGAGGAGGAGCUGCGCGAGGUGAAUCGCGAUGAUUACUACUCGCAUCAUUUCCAGGAGAUGCGUACGCUGCAUUACAAGCCGCGCGUUCUGCCGGGCGAUGCGCUGGUUACCACCUGCUACUAUAACACCAUCGGUAUGCCGAAUGCGACGCUGGGCGGCUUCUCCAUCAGCGACGAGAUGUGCGUCAACUAUAUACACUACUAUCCGGCCACCAAGUUGGAGGUUUGCAAGAGCUCCGUAUCAGAGGAGACACUGGAGAAUUACUUCAUCUAUAUGAAGAGGAAGGAGCAUCAACACAACAUGCGACUGAACGGCGCACGUUCGUCGAAUUAUCGCGGCAUUGAAUGGACGCAGCCUCGGGUUGACCAACUCUAUACCAUGUAUAUACAGGAGCCGCUUAGCAUGCAGUGCAACAAAUCGGAUGGCACACGCUUCGAUGGAUACAAUUGGGAGGGUGCGCCAACGACGCCCGUCCAAAUCAAGAUGCCCGUCCAUCGCAAACUCUGUCCCAACUACAAUCCGUUGUGGCUAAAACCACUGGAGAAGGGUGAAUGCGAUUUGUUGGGCGAGUGCAUCUACUAGACAUGGACGUGGAGCAUGGGCAUGAACAUGGCAUGUUGACAGAGCACACCCACACACACAUACACCCACGCACAUUUACAGAGAUUCUCGCACAAACACUCACUCGCACCCUAAACAGAGGGCCAGCCAAUGUGAGCGGAACUGGAUUACACAUGGAUUAUAGUUUGUUUUAGUUGUCCUGUUUGUUUCUCUACCUUCCUUUCGUUGCUGUUGCUGUUGCUGUUAUAUUUAUUGUUGUUCGUUGCCGUCGUCGUCAUCAGGAGCGGUCACAGCCGCCGCAGUAGCAACGUUCUUAUAUUUGUAGUUGAAAAGUAAACAAGAAAAGGAGAGAAAACACGCCAUGCCACAAUAAAUGGGAACACACACAAAUACAAACACAAACAAACAUAAAUAUCUAUAGCAGGAGGCAGCUAACCGUUGGCGCCGACCAAUGCAAGGACAUCGAGUGAAAGCGAUGCAAUUUUCGCAAAGACAAAAGGCACAACAAAAAUGUUUUCACUUUUUAAAUAACUAAUGAUUUUCACUCUUCUUGCCGCCGCCUGCUGAUGCUUUCGGCUUCCGUUUGUUGUUUUUGUCUUGGCUGUCAUGCCGCGAGGCUAAGCGUUUAAUGCAAAGCAAAGGACACACAUACACACACACACACACACACACACACACAUAGAUACACAGAAAGGGCAGCCGCAGCAAACAAUGCCAGCUCACAAUUUUUGUAGCAUACUUUUGAGCGCUUGCCGAAGCAGUAAGAGAAAGAGUAGAACAAAAAAUUGAAGAAAAGACAGCAAAAGGGUCGCCAUUUUCAAAAACGGUUUAAAUGCGCUAAGGGCAACAUUGUUUAUACAAUAUAAAUGCGUAAACUUUGUUGACGGCCAACGCAAUUGUAGCGUAAAGAAUGCGAGUGCCAAUUAUAAUUAGCAUGGAGUUUGUAACAAAAUGUUCGUUUCGGGGCCAAAACACAUUGUGUUUGACACGAUCAAAGCAAUGCGAAAGGCUUAUCUGUCACAAAUGAUGUAGACUAUGAUAUACAAGUAUAUUGAUGUAUUGUAUUGCAUUAGAGUUUCAAAACAACCGAGCACACUGCAAGAAAAAACACAAUACAUAUUAUUUAUGCAAGUAAAAAAAUGAAUGUCUAUUGGUUUUUUUUUAAUUUGAUUUAGAUAUGAGCGUCAGGAUAAAAUAAAUCAUCAUUUCUAAUCACAAUAUGGAGAAUAUUUAAGUAUAUAUUACCACUUCUCCCGGCUUUUACUCUUUGGUCGUAAGACAAAAGUAUUGAGAACCCACCGACUGAUCAUCCUGCAUGCUCCUAAACUAUUCACGACUGCUUAUUGAGCCUCUUUAGUCUCUUUAUUUUAUAGAUUAAUAUGCAUCCUUAGGCAGUUUUUGAACCUACUUGCUACAAAAGCUAUUAUUCUUUUUGUCCUUACCUCUAUACUCAUGUAAUACUUAACCCUUUUCAUUAAACUGAUGGACAGCUCUCUGUAGUAUUUUUAUCAAAAGCCAUUCAACAAAACAAGGCAAA